CCACCCAAUCCAGAUCCCAUGCAUGCCAAAGCCGUCGCCUCUGACCACCGACCGGAUCCAAACCCAGGCCCCGAUUUGUCCAGGUCAAAGCGUCUCCGAGUUUCUUAUAAAACCAACCACCAAAUUAAGUCUUCGCCCGAAGCCUAAUCAUCCAUCUUGCACAAAACCACAUAUCUUCUUCUCCUUGUUGCCUCAACUGAAACAAUAAUAGAAUCCAAUCCACCAUGGGCAACGGGCUCUCCCCUUGCUUCAGCUCAACCUCCAGUGGCCUGGUGAAGCUCGUCUUCUGGGGUGGCACCACCAAGUUCCUCGCCGGGAAGCAGCUCGCCGGCGAGCUCAUGUUCCAGUUCCCUGGCAGCGUCGUCUGCCAUGCCGACUCCUUCUACAUCGGGCAGCCAGUCCCGGUCUUGUCCAUCGACGACGAGCUGCUUGCCGGCGAGACCUACUUCGUCAUGCCGGUCGACCGUUUCCCAUGCAACCAAGCCCUCACAGCUGUAACCCUAGCCUCGCUUUCCCCAGGCCCGAAGAAGCCAUCGCUUGUCAGCUUUGGUCAGCGUCCGUUUGAGUACGUGAAGGGCGGUGAUGGGAGGACGCUCAUCAAGGUUCAGCCGGAGUUUAUAGCGAAGGUCAUCACCGCCGAGGAAGGACGGCAGAAGUGUGGUGGCGACGGUGAAACUUUGUGCAGCACGCCGGAGCUAAAGAAGCACUACGCCCUUCUAGUAGGGUCGAGAGACCGGCUUUGGUCUCCGAAGCUCGAGACGAUCUCAGAGAGUAAAAGUAGGUUAUCCCCAGGGAGGUUAUCACCAGUGAGAUUGUUGGGGUUGGAAAAGAGAUCAAGGUAGAAUUGCUUCAUCCUAUUUGAGAAAAGAUUAUACUUGUAAACUCUCCUUUUCUAAGGGAAGAAGGAAAAAAAAAGAUGCAGCUCUCCUGAAUAGAUUAAUUGGUGUCGUA